GAAGUGAAACUGGUUCUGGGUUCUUUAAGGGAGUGGGUGGUGAGAGUGGGACAAGGGUGAUGUCACCGCCUGUCGGGCCCCGCCCUCCUCCCUCCCCAAGGACCCCCCCCCCAGGACACUUACACACGCCGCUUCCGCUGCGCAAGUGGCCACGUCACGGGCAACCCCCGAAAUCCCCCCUCCCUUGGGGGGCGGGGGCCACGUGGGCCGUGGGGAACCGCGUGGCCCCGGCGGGGAAGGGCAUAGAGGAUACCGGAGCCACGCGAGAAGUGCCACUGGGGACCGGGGUGCGCGACUUUUCAGAAGUUGGGUUGGGUUUUGGGGGUCGGUGGGUGUUGAAGACAGCCAGAAGUGGAGCAUCUGAAGGCUGUUACCGAGGCGGAGACGUGGGUUAUGAUUGGCUUUCUGAGCAGAGAGGGAGUCCUGUGAUUGGCCAGGUUCCUGGAGCUCGCCAAGGCUGUCAGAGGACGCUCCCACGGAGGCCGGAAUUGGCUGUGAAAGGCCCUGGGCGGCCCCGGGGGCAGUGGGCUCUCCUGUCAGAGCGGUUGGAGUUGGGACCAUCCCCCCAGAGAGCUGGGGCAGGGGGCCGUGCCCGAUCUCCAGGGCUCCUGGGGCCACUGCUGACCUGGCUGGAUGCAUCGGGCAGUGGACCCUCCAGGGGCCCGCGCUGCACGGGAAGCCUUUGCCCUUGGGGGCUUGAGCUGUGCUGGGGCGUGGAGCUCCUGCCCGCCCCAUCCCCCUCCUCGUAGCGCAUGGCUGCCUGGAGGCAGGUGCUCUGCCAGCAUCGGGCAGUCCCCACUCUCUGCUCCCCUACCCCCUUCACAUGGCAGUAGCUCUGGGCACCCCAACAAACCAUAUUAUGUUCCAGGGACACCCACUCCAAGACCCCUCCACGGGAAGCUGGAAUCCUUGCAUGGCUGUGUGCAGGCAUUGCUCCGGGAGCCAGCCCAGCCGGGGCUGUGGGAGCAGCUCGGGCAGCUGUACGAGUCCGAGCAUGACAGUGAGGAGGCCAUACGCUGCUACCACAGCGCCCUUCGAUAUGGAGGGAGCUUGGCUGAGCUGGGGCCCCACAUUGGCCGACUACAGCAGGCCCAGCUCUGGAACUUUCAUGCUGGUUCCUGCCAGCACCGAGCCAAGGUCCUGCCCCCCCUGGAGCAAGUAUGGAACUUGCUGCACAUUGAGCACAAGCGGAACUAUGGGGCCAAGCGGGGGGGUCCCCCAGUGAAGCGAGCCGCUGAACCCCCAGUGGUGCAGCCGGUGCCUCCUGCAGUACUCUCAGGCCCUUCAGGGGAGGAGGGCCUCAGCCCUGGAGGCAAGCGCAGGAGAGGCUGCAACUCUGAGCAGACUGGCCUUCCCCCAGGGCUGCCGCUGCCACCACCACCAUUACCACCACCACCGCCACCGCCACCACCACCACCACCACCCCUGCCUAGCCUAGCCACCAGCUCUCCAUUUCAGCUGGCCAAGCCAGGGCUGUGGAGUACCUUGCAUGGAGAUGCCUGGGGCCCCGAGCGCAAGGGUUCAGCACCCCCAGAGCGCCAAGACCAGCGGCACUCGCUGUCUCACCCAUAUCCAUACUCAGCUCCAACCUAUACUGCGCAACCCCCUGGCCACCGGCUGGUCCUGGGUACACCCCCAGGCCCAGGUCCCCGCCCCCCAGGAGCAGAGAGCCAUGGCUGCCCGCCUGCCACCCGUCCCCCCGGAAGUGACCUUAGAGAGAGCAGAGUUCAGAGGUCGCGGAUGGACUCCAGCGUUUCACCAGCAGCAACCGCCACCUGCGUGCCUUACGCCCCUUCCCGGCCCCCCGGCCUCCCCGGCACCACCACCAGCAGCAGUAGCAGCAGCAGCAGCAACAACGGUCUCCGGGGCAUGGAGCCGAGCCCAGGCAUUCCCGGCGCUGACCAUUACCAAACUCCCACGCUGGAGGUCGCUUCUCACCAAGGCCGCCUGGGGCCUUCGACACAUAGUGGUCGGAAACCUUUCCUGGCAGCUCCUGCUGCCACUCCCCACCUAUCCCUACCACCUGGCCCUCCCUCACCUCCUCCACCCCCCUGUCCCCGCCUCUCACGCCCUCCACAACCCCCUGCCUGGCUGAAGGGCCCAGCCUGCCGGUCGGCCCGUGAGGCUGGAGAGAUCUUAGAGGAUCUCUUCUUCGGGGCAGAGGGACGCCCUCGCCCUCAUCCACAGCCCUUCCCGCACCGUGAGGGCUUCUUGGGGCCUCUGGCCCCCCGUUUUUCUGUGGGCACUCAGGAUUCGCACAUCCCUCCUACUCCCCCAACCACCAGCAGCAGCAGCAACAAUGGCAGCCACAGCAGCAGCCCUACUGGGCCUGUAUCCUUCCCCCCACCUCCCUAUUUGGCCAGAAGUAUGGACCCCCUUUCCCGGCCCCCCAGCCCAACACUGAGCCCCCAGGACCCACCUCUUGCACCCCUAACUCUUGCCCUGCCUCCAGCCCCUCCCUCCUCUUGCCACCAAAAUACCUCAGGAAGCUUCAGGCGCCCGGAGAGCCCUCGGCCCAGGAUCUCCUUCCCAAAGACCCCCGAGGUGGGGCCAGGGCCAUCCCCAGGCCCCCUGAAUAAAGCCCCCCAGCCUGUGCCGCCAACGGUUGGGGAACUGCCUGCCCGAGGUGCACGACUCUUUGAUUUUCCCUCUACCCUGCCGGAGGACCAGUUUGAGGAGCCCGCUGAAUUCAAGAUCCUGCCUGAUGGGCUGGCCAACAUCAUGAAAAUGCUGGAUGAGUCCAUUCGAAAGGAGGAGGAGCAGCAACAACAGGAGGCAGGCGGAGCCCCUCCACCCUCCUUAAAGGAGCCCUUUGUAUCACUGCAGCCUCCAUUCUCCGCUGACACAGCCCCAACCACCACUGCUGUUGCCACUGCCGCCGCCGCUGCCACCACCACCACAGCCACAGCCACAGCCACCCAGGAACAGGAGAAGAAGCCACCACCAGCUCUACCACCACCACCACCAUUAGCCAAGUUCCCUCUCCCCCCCCAGCCACAGCCGCCGCCACCCCCACUACCCCCAGCAGCCAGCCCAGCCAGCCUGCUCAAAUCCUUGGCCUCUGUGCUGGAGGGACAAAAGUACUGUUACCGGGGGACAGGAGCAGCGGUUUCUACCCGUCCUGGGCCCUUGCCCAGCACUCAGUGUUCCCCAAGUCCCCCAUCAGGUGCUACUGUCCCCCCCCCCACCUCAGCAGCCCCUAGUGCCCAGGGUUCCCCAAAGUCCUCUGCUUCCUCAUCAUCUCAGUUCUCUACCUCAGGUGGGCCCUGGGUCCGGGAGCACAGGGCAGGCGAAGAGCCAGCCCUGGGCCCCAUGACCCCUGUCCCGCCGCCCCCGCCCCUGCCUCUGCCCCCUGCUCGCUCUGAGUCUGAGGUGCUAGAAGAGAUCAGUCGGGCUUGUGAGACCCUUGUGGAGCGAGUGGGCUGGAGUGCCACAGACCCAGCAGGCCCAGUGGACACAGCAGACCCUGUGGACACGGCAGACCCAGUGGACAGUGGAACUGAGCGACUAAUGCCUCCUGCCCAGGCGAAGGAGGAGGGUGGUGGGGCGGUGGCAGUGACAGGACCAGGGAGCAGUAAGCGGCGGCAGAAGGAGCACCAAAAGGAACAUCAGAAGGAGCACCGGCGGCAUAGGCGGGCCUGUAAGGACAUGGUGGGUCGGCGGCCCCGCGAGGGCAGGGUCAAGGCCAAGGCCAAGGCCCCCAAAGAAAAGAGUCGCCGCGUGCUGGGGAACCUGGACCUGCAGAGUGAGGAGAUCCAGGGUCGUGAGAAGGCCCGGCCUGAUACCGGUGGGGCCUCAAAGGCUAAGCCACCCACAGCUCCGGCCCUUCCACCGGCUCCUGCACCCUCUGCUCAGCCCGCACCUGCAUCGUCAGCCCCUGUCCCUGGGAAGAAGUCUCGUGAGGAAGCUCCAGGGCCACCGGGUGUCAGCCGGGCUGAUAUGCUGAAGCUGCGAUCACUUAGUGAAGGGCCUCCCAAGGAGCUGAAGAUCCGGCUGAUCAAGGUGGAGAGUGGUGACAAGGAGACCUUCAUCGCCUCGGAGGUGGAAGAGCGGAGGCUGCGCAUGGCGGACCUCACCAUCAGCCACUGUGCUGCCGACGUCGUGCGUGCCAGCAAGAAUGCCAAGGUGAAAGGGAAGUUUAGAGAGUCCUACCUUUCCCCUGCCCAGUCUGUGAAGCCGAAGAUCAACACAGAGGAGAAGCUGCCCCGGGAAAAACUCAACCCACCCACACCCAGCAUCUAUCUGGAGAGCAAACGGGACGCCUUCUCACCAGUGUUGCUGCAGUUCUGUACAGACCCUCGAAAUCCCAUCACCGUGAUCCGGGGCCUGGCAGGUUCCCUGCGGCUCAACUUGGGCCUCUUCUCCACCAAGACCCUGGUGGAGGCGAGUGGUGAGCACACCGUGGAGGUGCGCACCCAGGUGCAGCAGCCCUCGGAUGAGAACUGGGAUCUGACAGGCACGCGACAGAUCUGGCCCUGUGAGAGUUCCCGUUCCCAUACCACCAUUGCCAAGUAUGCGCAGUACCAGGCCUCCUCAUUUCAGGAGUCCUUACAGGAGGAGAAGGAGAGUGAGGAUGAGGAGUCCGAGGAACCAGACAGCACCACAGGAACGCCUCCUAGCAGCACACCAGAUCCGAAGAACCAUCACAUUAUCAAGUUUGGCACCAACAUCGACCUGUCUGAUGCCAAGCGGUGGAAGCCACAACUGCAGGAGCUGCUGAAGCUGCCCGCCUUCAUGCGGGUAACAUCUACCGGCAACAUGCUGAGCCACGUGGGCCACACGAUUCUGGGCAUGAACACGGUACAGCUGUACAUGAAGGUCCCCGGCAGCCGAACGCCAGGCCACCAAGAGAACAACAACUUCUGCUCUGUCAACAUCAACAUAGGCCCAGGCGACUGUGAGUGGUUCGCGGUGCAUGAACACUACUGGGAGACCAUCAGCGCUUUCUGCGACCGGCACGGUGUGGACUACCUGACAGGUUCCUGGUGGCCAAUCCUGGACGAUCUCUAUGCUUCCAAUAUCCCCGUGUACCGCUUCGUGCAGCGCCCUGGAGACCUCGUGUGGAUUAACGCGGGGACCGUGCACUGGGUGCAGGCCACUGGCUGGUGCAACAACAUCGCCUGGAACGUUGGGCCCCUCACCGCCUAUCAAUACCAGCUGGCCCUGGAACGAUAUGAGUGGAACGAGGUGAAGAACGUCAAAUCCAUUGUGCCCAUGAUUCACGUGUCCUGGAACGUGGCUCGCACCGUCAAAAUCAGCGACCCCGAUUUGUUCAAGAUGAUCAAGUUCUGCCUCCUGCAGUCCAUGAAGCACUGCCAGGUGCAGCGGGAGAGCCUAGUGCGGGCAGGGAAGAAAAUCGCCUACCAGGGCCGGGUUAAGGACGAGCCUGCUUACUACUGCAACGAGUGCGACGUGGAGGUGUUCAACAUCCUGUUCGUGACGAGCGAGAACGGCAGCCGCAACACUUACCUGGUGCACUGCGAGGCCUGUGCCCGCCGCCGCAGCGCGGGCCUGCAGGGCGUGGUGGUGCUGGAGCAGUACCGCACCGAGGAGCUGGCGCAGGCCUACGACGCCUUCACGCUGGUGAGGCCGCCGCGCAGCGGCGCGGGGCGGGCCGUCGGGCGGGCCCCGAGGGGGCGGGCUCCGGGGUGGGCCGACCCACGCCUGAGCCCCCCGCCCGCUUUCUCCCCGCAGGCCCCCGCCAGCACGUCUCGGUGAGGCCGGAUGCCCCGCCCUCCUGCCGGCCUGCAGGGCGCCGCGGGGUCACCAGCACAGGCCUGGGCUGGACCUAGGUCCCGCCUCUGGCCGGGAAGGGGGACGGGCACAGCCCUUCCACCCCAUUGGCAGCUCCCCUUCACUUAAUUUAUUAAGAAAAAAAUUUUUUUAAACAAAUAUGAGGAAAAAAGGAAAAAAAAAAAAUAAAGGGAGACGGGGGAGGGGGCUGGCAGCCCCUCGCCCACCAGCGCCUCCUCUCACCGACUUUGGCCUUUUUAGCAACAGACACAAGGACCAGGCUCCGGCGGCGGCGGGGGUCAAUACGGGUUCCCUCACGCCUGCCCGCCGCCUGCCCGGCGCAGAUGCACGCGGCUCGUGUAUGUACAUAAAUGUGACGGCAGCCGGGGAUUUUAAUGAGAUUCUUUCUAUGGGCUUUACCCCUCCCUCAGAACCUCCUUUUUUAUUCCCAAUGCUAGCUGUGAUCCCUGUACAUGUCUCUUGUUUAUUCACUUGGUUAUGAUUUGUAUUUUGUUUUUUUGUUUGUUUUUAAUUUAUAACAGUCCCACUCACCUAUUUAUUCAUUUUUGGGAAAACCCGACCCCCCGCACCCCCCAAACUAUCCCACCCACCCCUCCAGGGCCGCCCGCCGCAGGGCUCUCCCUGCGCCCCAGUGUGUCCGGGCCGGCCUGGCCCGCCCGUCUCCGCCCGUCCACGGCUCCAGCCGGGCUCUCAUGGUGCUCAAAUCCGCUCCCCUCCCCUACGUCCUGCACUUUCUUGGACCAGACCCUCCUCGCCCCAUCCGACCCGACCCCAGCCCUGCCUGAGGGUGAGCGACUCCUGUACUGUAGGGGAAGAAGUGGGAACUGAAAUGGUAUUUUGUAAAAAAAUAAAUAAAAUAAAAAAAUUUAAAGGUUUUAAAGAAAGAACUAUGAGGAAAAGGAACCCCGUCCUUCCCAGCCCCGGCCAAUUUUAAAAACACGGACCUUCCCCUUGCGCCCCGCCCUUUUCUUUUUCAGUGUGAAACAGCCCAGGCCUCCCUGGGGCAGGGACACCCCGGGAAGAAUUCCUCCGGGGCUUUAUUUUCGUGUUGUCAGUUUUUCCUCCUCCGUGCUGGGGCUGCGGAGGGGGGGGUACGGUCCCGCCCCUCGCACUGCACUGUCUCUCUGCCCCCAGGGGCAGAGGGGUCUUCCCAGUCCUACCCCUAUUUUCGGUGAUUUUUGUGUGAGAAUAUUAAUAUUAAAAAUAAAACCAGAAAAAACAA